GCCAAAGCGCCUCUCCUCGUCUGUCAAUCUCUCUUCGUGUGUUUCUUGAGGAACAGAACAAACAAAAAAAGACCAUGAGCGAUUUCAGGUCGAGAUUCUUGGAAGCGUACUCGGUGUUGAAGUCUGAGCUCCUCCACGACCCGGCUUUUGACUUCACCGACGAUUCUCGCCUAUGGGUCGAGCGGAUGCUUGACUAUAACGUACCAGGAGGAAAGCUGAACCGAGGACUAUCUGUCAUUGACAGCUACAAAUUACUGAAAGAAGGAAAGGAACUAACUAAUGAUGAGAUUUUUCUUGCGUGUGCGCUAGGUUGGUGCAUUGAAUGGCUUCAAGCAUAUUUUCUUGUUCUUGAUGAUAUCAUGGACAAUUCUGUUACACGCCGUGGCCAACCGUGUUGGUUUAGGCUACCUAAGGUUGGUAUGAUUGCUGUAAAUGAUGGCAUCAUUCUCCGUAACCACAUUCCACGAAUUCUCAAAAAUCAUUUUAGAGAAAAGACUUAUUAUGUGGAUCUGUUGGACUUAUUUAAUGAGGUGGAAUUCCAAACCGCUUCAGGGCAAAUGAUAGAUUUGAUUACUACACUUGUAGGAGAGAAAGAUCUAUCUAAGUAUUCACUCUCUCUCCACCAACGCAUUGUCCGGUACAAAACUGCUUAUUAUUCAUUCUACCUUCCGGUUGCUUGUGCAUUGCUUAUGGCUGGUGAAAAUCUUGAAAAUCAUAUCAAUGUGAAGAACAUUCUUAUAGAAAUGGGGAACUAUUUUCAAGUACAGGAUGAUUAUCUUGACUGCUAUGGUGCUCCUGAAGUGAUUGGUAAGAUUGGAACAGAUAUUGAAGAUUUUAAAUGCUCUUGGCUGGUUGUGAAAGCACUAGAACGCUCUAAUGAAGAACAGCUGAAAAUAUUAUAUGAGAACUACGGGAAAGCAGAUGAAGCAUGUGUUGCAAAAGUGAAAGAGCUAUAUAAAGUUCUUGAUCUUGAGGGUGUCUUUGUGGAGUAUGAGAGUAAGAGUUAUGAGAAGCUUUUAAAAUCCAUAGAAGCUCAUCCAAGUAAAGCAGUACAGGCGGUGUUAAAAUCAUUCUUGGCAAAGAUUUACAAGAGACAGAAGUAGGGGCUGAGAUGUAAGGUUCGGCAGAGUUGAUAUCCAGUUCUUUACACCAUUAGCAUUUGGUCUUUCCCAUAGAAGUGUUUGGUAUUUGUGAGCAUUUACUUGCUAGGGUUCUAUUUUGUCUUCUGAAAUCCUCUCUCUCUCUC